AUGCAUCUGACUGGCAUACAGCUGCUCUCUCGGAAUAUGAAUCGCUCAUGGAUAACCAAACAUAGCCAUUGGUACUGCGGCCACAUAACCGCAAAAGUACUUCAGUGUCAAUGGGUUUUCGUACGAAAGCGAGAUGCAACUGGUAUCAUUGUACGCUAUAAAGCUCGCCUGGUCAUCAAAGAUUUUCAACAGAAUCGUACGAAUAGAAGUCUGCGACUUCUGCUCACGCUUGCUGCGAUCCUUGACUAUGAAAUUGAACGGAUGGACAUUAAAACCGCUUUCCUCAACGGAUCACUAGAUGUGGAGAUCAUUAUGGAACAGCCUGAGGGUUUUGCCUCGGAAAACGCACCCGAACUCGUGUGCCACCUUGAUAAGAGCCUCUACGGCUUCAAGCAAGCGCCUCGAUUCUGA